AUGCGUUUCAUGUACUCCCGCAUUUCAGGAGUAACGCGUGGGCGUGGUCCUACAGCACACGGCGUAUCGCCUCGUGAAUGCCUCUCAGUGUUCUCGAGAACGACCCACGUCGACGAGACUUCGCAGUUCCGCACGGAAAGUGCAGACGCAUCCCAUCCCGCUAUUGUGGGCAGAUAUAAGACCGAGCCUAAGGCUCGAGCGACGGUUAUUAAUACAGAGUCUGUGCUCGACUCGAGCCUCAAGGUGUUCAUCCUGCCGCAUCUAUGCCUCUCAUGCCUGCUGUCCCAUCCAUUCAGGGUGACAUCGUGGGAUGGUGCUGGGCUCCAGCCUGGAGACUCAGAGGCAUUCAUCAACGUUUGCGUGGCGCUGGGGCAACUCGCAGGACGCGGCAAUGAGCUCCCCUGCCCACCGACUGUGUGCUCAACACGGUGUAGGAAACACGUUUGCACUGAGGCCGGUAUCAUUGCGGAAACGUGCUGA